CCUGCAUCGGGAUUAUUAUUUACAUUUCCAUAUUUUUAUCCUGAACAGUAGGGAGGGAUUUUUAAUUGUAAAAUCUGUUCAUGUUCUACACUUUGGAAGGGGCCUCGAGCAUUCUCAUAAAGUUCUGGCCGUACUUACUAUUAGGAGCAGACGACAAAGAGAUGUUGCAAAAGAAGUGGGAGUGAUAUGAUGAUAAUUUGAUCAGUCCACAGAGUCCGAUACCGUGCCAAUUAUGGAUCCGACAGUAGAACUGUCCAACAUGGAUUCUUCCUACCCGGAGCGAAAUACGGUUGAAAACUCAAGGAAUAAGACUUCCCUGGAAGGAAUUAAACCAUCGGAAAAUACAAUGCUUUCCAAAAACAACAUACAGACUUAUACCGACGAGGAACAAAUCGAAAUACCAGAUAUUACCGAGGGACACUUCAGCUUUAGAAAAUUGUGGGCAUUCACUGGUCCCGGAUUUUUAAUGUCCAUUGCGUACCUUGACCCUGGAAAUAUAGAAUCAGAUUUACAGGCUGGAGUUGCAGCAAGUUAUAAGCUAUUAUGGGUCUUGUUAAGUGCGAACAUUCUCAGCCUUAUCAUGCAAAGACUGAGUGCCAGACUUGGCGUAGUAACUGGAACACAUCUAGCCGAGAUGUGUUAUAUGCAAUACAAAACUGUUCCACGAUUCAUACUGUGGAUUAUGGUAGAAAUCGCCAUCGUAGGUAGCGAUAUGCAGGAAGUUAUAGGCACAGCGAUUGCCUUGUAUCUGCUCUCCAACAAAGCGAUACCGCUAUGGGGAGGAGUCUUGAUAACGAUAGUGGAUACUUUCACGUUCUUAUUUCUAGAUAAGUACGGAUUGCGAAAGCUAGAGUUUUUUUUUGGAUUUCUUAUUACCGUAAUGGGAAUCACGUUUGGAUACGAGUACAUUGUGACUUCACCACCGCAAGGUGAAGUAGUUGCCGGAUUGUUUACACCAUGGUGUAAGAAUUGUGAUACAGAUGCAAUAACACAGGCAGUCGGAAUCGUUGGAGCAGUUAUAAUGCCUCAUAAUCUUUAUCUUCACAGCGCUCUUGUUAAGUCUAGAAAAAUCGACAGGACAAAAAAAGUUCAAGUGCAAGAUGCAAACAUGUACUUCUUCACGGAAGCCUGCAUUGCAUUAUUUGUUUCAUUUAUAAUAAACAUAUUCGUCGUUUCUGUAUUCGCGUACGGGCUUUUCGAUAAAUCAAAUGAGGACGUGUAUAACAUGUGCUACGAAAACAACUUCACCCUGGGAAUAGAAACAUUUGAGAACAAUACCGAUGAGGUCGAAGCUGAUCUCUAUCACGGUGGGAUAUACUUGGGUUGUCAAUUUGGUGCUGCCGCUAUGUAUAUCUGGGGCAUAGGAAUUUUGGCAUCUGGUCAAUCCUCGACGAUGACUGGAACGUAUGCUGGUCAAUUUGCAAUGGAAGGAUUUUUGAACCUGCAAUGGCCAAGGUGGAAGCGAGUCUUGGUUACUCGUGUAAUUGCAAUCAUUCCUACGCUGGCCGUAGCUUUUAGAGCAAGCAUCUAUAACCUCAGUACAAUGAACGAAUUGUUGAAUGCUGUGAUGAGCUUGCAGUUGCCAUUUGCUGUGUUGCCGACCAUAGGAUUUACAAGUAGUUUGCAAAUAAUGGGAGACUUCAAAAACGGAUUGACAAACAAAAUCGUCUCCUGCACCUUAGGCGUUGUAGUCUUUGCUGUGAAUAUUUACUUUGUCAUUGUCACCGUAGAAGAACGAGUUACAAAGCAUUGGGCAAUAUUACUUGCGAUUGCGGUCUAUGCCAUUUUGUAUGUACUGUUUUGUAUAUACCUCGUUAUACAUACAGCUAUCCACAUGGGUGCAACUCGUUUGACUGACAACGCGCUUAUCGCCAAGUAUGUAGGCCAUCCGCGAGACUUUAAUCCCGAGUUAUCCAGUCAAGUGCCUUACACAAUGCAAGGAUGAAAACUUGCCAACUUUCGCACUAGUAAUAAAAUCGAAGGGCCUAAGAAAUUUGUAAAAUUAUUUCUUACAAACUAGCAUGGAAAGCAGGAUGUAAUAUAUUCUAUGAGAUACAGUGAAAAUAGAAAAAAACUUGCAUAGAUCGGUACACCCGACUAUUGGUUAUUAAUAUUUAUUAUAGAUUGAUAAUUAUUUUCUGAAGCUAUACAUCACAUAGAAAAUUUGUAAAUUAGUGAAACUACAGAAAUUUAGUUACCAUAUUCACGCAGCUCAU